CGGACCGCAGAUCGCUGGGUCGUUCCGGCAGAGGCGCUGUACUGUCAGUAUGCAACGGUUGCUCCUUCCGCCCCUGAAGGCCUUGAUGGGGAGCCGCAAUGCCGGGCUCCUGGUCUCUAGGGUGGCGUCCAGAACACAGUGUGGUGGCAGCUAUGGCAGCAGGCGUCCUCUGAGGCCAGGGCAGUACAGCACCAUCACUGAAGUGGCUUUGCAAUCUGGAAAAGGGACAGUGGCCCUUCCUUCGAGGGCAGCCGAGCGGGCAGUGGGCCGAUGGCUCCUGGUGUGCAGCGGAACAGUGGCUGGAGCAGUUAUUCUUGGAGGAGUGACGAGGUUGACGGAGUCUGGCCUCUCAAUGGUAGACUGGCAUUUAAUAAAGGAGAUGAAGCCACCCACAAGCCAGGAAGAAUGGGAAGCAGAGUUCCAAAAGUACCAGCAAUUUCCAGAGUUUAAAAUCCUGAAUCAUGACAUGACGCUGGCGGAAUUCAAGUUUAUCUGGUACAUGGAAUACUCACACCGGAUGUGGGGUCGCGCUGUAGGCCUUGCGUACAUCCUGCCUGCUGCCUACUUUUGGAGAAAGGGUUGGCUCAACCAUGGCAUGAAAGGACGUGUCCUUGCCCUCUGUGGCUUAGUCUGUUUCCAGGGUCUGUUGGGUUGGUAUAUGGUGAAAAGUGGAUUAGAAGAAAAACCGGAGUCCUAUGAUAUCCCUCGGGUCAGUCAGUACCGCCUCGCAGCCCACCUGGGGUCAGCACUGCUUCUCUACUGUGCCAGCCUUUGGACCUCCCUGUCACUGCUUCUGCCUCAGCACAAGUUACCAGAAACCCGACAGCUCCUGUGGUUGAGACGUUUUGCUGGUGGAACAGCAGGCCUGGUGUUCCUCACGGCUCUCUCAGGGGCUUUUGUGGCAGGGCUGGACGCUGGGCUUGUUUACAACUCCUUCCCCAAAAUGGGAGAAUCUUGGAUCCCAGAGGACCUCCUGACCUUCUCUCCCGUCCUGAAGAAUGUUUUUGAGAAUCCUACCAUGGUUCAGUUUGAUCACCGGCUUCUGGGAAUCACGUCAGUCACUGCCAUUACAGUGCUGUAUUUCCUGUCCCGGAGAAUCCCCCUUCCUCGAAGAACCAAGAUGGCAGCAGUGACUCUGCUAGCUUUGGCAUAUGCACAGGUGGCCUUGGGCAUUAGCACUCUGCUUCUGUAUGUUCCAACUCCGCUGGCUGCCACACACCAGUCAUGCUCCUUGGCUCUGCUCAGUGGUGCCCUUUGGCUCAUGAAUGAACUCCGAAGAGUCCCAAAAUAAUCCUCAGAGGAUCAUUUCCUAGGACUGGAACUGCCUUGGGAAUUCAUCACCAAACACAAGAACUUAGCCUUUUCUAGGACGGUGGUAUUGACAUGCCACAUGGUUUCCAAACUGGUCAAGCCAUUCAAAAGACUUGGGUGGAGAUGGGCACUGGGUCAAGAAUAUCACUAAGGUAUGCUUAUACCAGAGGUUUCCUUAAGACUGUUGCAGAAACAAGCACCUUGUUUCUGCAUUUGCUGCUCCAUAGGCAGUCUGACGUCUUAGUUCGUGGUUUCUAUGUGCUGCAGACUCCUGUCCACUAGUCAGGCUGGUGGUGACAGUGACAGACUCAAGAACCCGUGCCCCUGUAAAGUUACUCGACCAAUUGACUGGCAACUGAAUGUUGGUUUGUUACAAAGGUUUAGGGUUGUCAUAUUUUCUGGUUUUUAUAAGCAGCUAACUAGCUAGAUUUUUGAAGUGAACAUUCUCUUUUAUGUAUAGUUGUGUGUUUGUGUUAUAUAUGCCGUGUGUAUGGAGGUGCCCAGGGAGGCCAGGGAAGGUGCUGGAUCCCUAGAGCUGGAGUGACAGAUGAUUUUAAUAUGCCUGAUAAGGGUGCUAGUAACCAAACCCAGGUCCUCUGGAAGAUCAGCCGGCACCUUUAACAGCUGAGCCAUCUCUCCAGCCCCGGAGUGAAUAUUAUUAAAAUUAAAUGUUGACUAUUUCAAUGGUUAAAAAAUAUAUGGAGGCUUAACAUGUCUGACCUGAGGUUGCACAUUUACAGUUUCUGAACAAGAUGAUCAGGUUUUUUGAGUUUUUUUUUUUAACUCUAAUAAUUAUUCUGUGAGUUUCAGUGUAUCCUAAAGGGUACUGUUCUUAGCUAUUCUUAGCAAAAACAGACACAUAUGUUUUACUCUCCGAGUCCCAGGCCCUGGUGGGCUUGUGUUAUUGCACAAAGGAAGUUCCCUCAACCUCAGAACUCACGACCCAUCCUCCACCUACGAGAUCACAAGGCCUUGGAACAGGACUGGUCUGGUUUUAAGUUGCACCAGCUUGUUCCCCUUCCCACCAAAUCUCUACCUCACCAUCCCUGCCGCAUUUAGCCUGUUGGGCCCAUCUGUACAUCAGCAGGGUAGAAUUUCCUCUAGACAGAAUCCAUUUAAGAAGGGGCCAGGGCAGCCUGCACACCGUCUGUUUAUCUCCAAUCCAGUCUUUGGUUAGAAGCAGACAGCAGAGGGCAGGAGGGUCCAGCCAAAGAGAGCACGGAACCGGAACUGUUUUAUAGUCACCCCAAGCACAUGGCAACCUGGGUUGGCUCAAGUCUCAGAUACUCUGUUGCAUUUCUUUUUUUUUUUUUUUUUCUACAGUUAAGCAUAUUGGGAACAGAUCCAGUAUUUAGCUGUUUAACUGCUUUAUGGUUUCUAUGUGAUCCUGGUGAACAAAGAUCAUCUUAACUAUUUUUGAUUCUGUAUAAUUCACUAUCACCAUAUAUGAAUAUAUAUAAAUAUAAAUAUAUAUUAUAUAUCUGAAUGAAGAAAGCAUGAAUUGGUAGAAAAUAUACAAUUAUUGAUUUAUGUCCCAAAUGUCUCUUUCAGAAAAAGCCAUUGCACACUUAAAGGAUUAAUUUCCUUUAAUGUUUUCAACAGUUUGUCCACAGUUCUGUCAAUUGUUCUUAAAUUAUAAAGGUAAUUAAAACAUGUAUUUCAGUCAGCUAA